CGCACACUGCUCGUCUUUGUUUAGUUUAUGAGCGCCAAUCGGCCCUUAUCAGGAACUGAUAAAGCCCCAUUAAAAUCGGCCAUCAAUAGAACGUAGAUUGGCCAGGUAGUGCCCUAAGAAACGUUGAAUAGUCCACUUGUGCGCUUGAAAAUGGCACCCCAAAUUCGUCCACUCACGCCGGAGCUGCAAAAAGCGGCCAUCGAGCAGCUGAAGGAAGAUCCUGACCGUCUGGAGGCCGAUCUGCAGGCCUUCAAGACGUGGAUCGACCAGCAACCUCACUUAAAUCCGCGCAUGGAUGAUCAGUUCCUGGUGGCCUUUCUCCGCGGAUGCAAGUACAGCUUGGAGCGAGCCAAGUCCAAGCUCGACAAGUUCUACACACUCCGAACCAAGUACCCGGACUACUUCCGAGUUACCAGCACGACGGAGGGCAAGUUCCGAGAGAUUCACCAGACGGGAGCAAUCAUUUAUUUGCCUACUCCUUUGAAUGAGAAUGGACCCCGCAUUGGCAUUUGGCGGAUGGGUCUGGUGCCUGUCGAGAAGUACACCAUGCUGGAGUGCAUGCAGGUGGCCCAGGCCAUGCAGGAAAUCGCCAUUAUGGAGGACGACCAUGCCAUAAUCAACGGUGUAGUCUUCAUAAUGGACAUGAAGGACGCCACCACCGCUCACCUGUUCCAGAUGACCCCGGCCAUGGCCAAGAAGUUUACGAUCUUUUCCGAGGAGGCCUUGCCGCUCCGCGUUAAAUCCCAGCACUUUAUAAACACCAUCACGGGCUUCGAACAAAUGUUCAAUAUUUUCAAGCCUCUGAUGUCCAAGAAGAUGCAGGGACGUCUCUUCGUGCACGGCAACAAGAUGGACCUGCUCACCGAACAGAUCCCUCUGAAGUACCUGCCCAAGGAGUAUGGUGGCGAGAACGGUUCCGCGGCGGAAAUAGUGGCGGAGUGGGAGAAGAAAAUGGACGCCUACUCCGACUUCCUCCAGGCCAACGCCAACCUCGGAACCGACGAAAGCCUCCGCCCCGGGAAACCCAUCGACUUUGAGGGCCUAUUCGGCAUAGAAGGAUCCUUCAGGAAGCUUAACGUUGAUUAAAGAAACCAUUUUUUAUCGUCAUUUUUGCAUUUAUUUACUGCGUUCUUCGUUUAUAAUUACCAAACGCCCGUUCUAUCUGCUUACACGGCUCUAACAAUUUCUUACACUUAAAAAUCGAUAACACUUGCUUUGGUGUUUAAAUUAAUUUAAAACUAAAUGUACAAAAGAUCGUCAAUGAAAUGUACAACAACAAAAUAUACACAAUGUUUCGUCUGUUCGCA